CCAGGUUCAGGACCUCAGUGUGAGUUUGACUGGCCAACACGGUCUCUCUGCUGCCGCCAAGACUGUACUCGCUGUUGAAGCUGGAGAUCUCCUGCAGGAAGACUUGCUCCUCAUCUUGAAACUGUGUUCUUGUCUUGGCCUGUCUUGGAAGGGCGGACCAUUAGAAAUGUUCUCCACAGUCACAAUAGUUGUGACGCAAACCAUCGCAGUAUUCACUCACUUGUCAUCUGACAACACCUGCUUCACUGAGUAGUGUUCCACUUGGUGUGUGUGUGUGUGUGCCUACCAGACGUUCAUUUAGGUGACUCUUUUGGCAGAGAAGCUCCUCAAUGUGUUCUGACAUGUGCUCUUCACAUUUAUUCAUCCAGUCCCGCUCUAGCGUCAUUGCAGACAUCUGCUGAGCCUGAAAGACAGUUUCGGGGUUCAAAAAAAAAAAAAAAAAAAAACAUGCAAAAAAAGCAGAAAUCAGGAAGGGGCCAAACACUUUUUCACACCACUGUAUAACUGCCAGGACGAAUGCUUGAGCAUGUUAAAGGAUUUUACAGUAAUAACUAAGCAAGGAAGUGUUUUCUAGUGCUUUAGCUGGAGGACCAGAAUCAAUGCUUCCACUGCAGCUUCCUGUCUUUGACUUGUGCGGUGCAGAGUUACGACGCAGACCACCACAGACAGUAACACGUAGCGCCAAAUCCAUUUGUGGCGGCUCCAGUGUACACUCCUGAUCAAAAUCUUGAAGACCAGUUGAAAAAUGGCAAGAAUGCUUUUGUUGUUUCAUUUUUGCAAACUUCACUUGCCAUCCAUCCCCAAAUGUUCUCCAUUGGAUUUAGAUAAGAGGAACACGCAGGAUGGUCCAAAAGAGUGAGCUUAUUCCUUCAGAAGACGUCCUUUGUGAAGUGCAGCAUUGUCCUGAUGAAAAAAAACCUGUCAUUAUCACACAGACAGGGCCUUCAAUCACGACGGAUGCCCCUUGCAACAUCUCCACAUAGCCUCUGCCGCCCAUGCACAACCUAAAGCUCCAUUGUUCCAUUGAAGGAUCAUGAUGACGCCCACUCCACUGUGCCGUGUGGAAAACAUCUCAGGUGGGAUCUCCUUGUCAUGCUAGUAACGUCGGAAGCCAUCAAGGGAGAAUAAAACUUUCUUCCACCUUUCAAUGUCCCAUGUUUGUUCCAAACCCUGAAAGAGACAAGAACUUUGAAGACGUAUUUUCUUCUUAAAAGCCUUCUCUGGCAGAUGCCGUCUGAUUGUCAUCGGACUGCACUCGGCACCAAUACCAACCUUCAUUUGGGCCGAGGAUGGUCCCGUGUCUUGAUGGACAGCCAAUGGGAUCCUCUGGCUUUUUUUUUUGGGGGGGGGUCUACCACUUAACUUUUUUGUUCCUUGAGCCUCAGGAUAUUCAAGGAAGUUUGAAAUGAUUGUCUUACUGCGUCCAACAUCAGCAGCAAUGGCACGCUGCAAGCUCAACAAUCCCACUGCGUUCAAAGAGAGAAAGCUUUUUUGUCUUUGCCAUCAAGAGAUCAUGACAGUGUGAAUACCUGACACUAAAUCACAUUCAAUGCACAUUUUAUUUUUGCCAAUAUUUUGCCUUUUAAAGGCUAUGCUCUUCAACGUUUGAUCAGCUGAUGAACAGCCUAUUUCACUUCAAUGCUUUUUUGCAAUACAUUGCUUUUUUGUCUCACUCCCAUUUCUUCUUUUUGCAUUUUGAAGCUCUCCUUAGAGCCUCAUUAAGAUCCAACAGUGCAACGUAGAUUCUUGACAUUUUUCAACUGGUUUUAACAUUUUGUUCAGGAGUGUAUUAAUGGCGGGCCGCCACAAGUAAGUGAAUGUAUGGUAAACACUUGGCACUUGGAACUUUCCAGGUCUGUUAGUGACACUGUCUAGAGGGCAGCAUGUUUAUUGUUUCUUAUACAGCCAUGGAUUGUCAGCAAGUCCUACCAGCUUGCAGGCUUCCUUAAGCACCAUAAUUAUCCUAAGACAGCUCUGUGAAACGCAGGCGAGAUACAUCACACGGGCUGUAAACACAGGCCACACACUGACACCGUGCAAACACUUUUGUGUUCAUUUCCAAAAGGUCGAGAGAGGUUGUAGAUGAUGCUAACACAUACAGUAUAGAGUGUUCAGCUUGCUCUCUAAUUACGCUCAGAGAUUUGCUGGCCUGAUCUCAAACGCACAGGAAGCACUUGCUCACUGGUGAGAGGUCAGAGGAGCUGGUCUUUGACAUGGACGAUCACACACCGCCAGCUUCCAUUAAUGCUAUCCGGUGGAAAUUAGACAUUGAUCUUACCGUGGCACCUGCAAUCAAUGGGCUGCUUAGUUCAUAAAUGGGAGAGAUGAAGUGUUUGAAAUCAUAAAGCAGAUCCGAUCAUCGAUAUUCCCAUGUACAUCAAGGAAAAACACCUGUCCCUGUUCGCUUCUUGGAUGCGAUACCCACGGUCCACAUUGUUACAUUAAACGCACAACUAGUUGCUCACCUUCAUGUCAAGUUCUUCAAAGGUCUGCUGGUUCUUUUCAGUGGCAGCUUUCACCUGCGCAUGGCAUCUGAUGAUGGCCGCCUUCACUGUGACAACAAACAUCAUGGAAUGAUAAUACCAUCCUUUAUUAUAGGGUGACCACAUUGUAUAUUGAUGACACUCGACAAUGAGACAGCGUAAUCCAUUGCCGCUACUCACUUUGCGGCCUUUUCAAAAAUAUAUUUUAAAAAAUCAUUGUUUCAUUAUUUGUCAAAAAGUAUGCAUAUUUGUAUGUUUUUUUUUUUGGCUGAACUAAGUAUUUUCAAGCAUGGAAAUGGUUAAAUGAAGUAAAAUACAAAUAUAAGGCAUUCAGAAGAGGCAUUCAAAGAGGUUUGACUUGAUCACCAAAACAACAGGCUUUUAUUGCAUCUUUGAUUAAUUUCACAACAAGCACAAUAAUUCCUAACCUGGGCUACUCUGAAACCCCGACAUCAUUUCCUGUCUGCCCCACACACAGCUCCCUUAGCACUGGAACACAUUUACAGCGACACACACAAGAACGAUUCUUAUUUAUGUCUUAUAUGACCUAUUUUCUCUUAUUAUGUCUACUAUAUUGGGUAAUAGGAGAGUAAAGCCAACUAUAGGGGUGUUGUUUCAUGUCUAGCAGACUCUAAUAAUGUUAAAAAGCGUAUUUAGAAGGUUUUCUAGGCUUCAACUACCAAAAUAUUCCUACUUUGUGGAAAUUCACUUAUUACAGUUGGAUAAGGAACCAAUCAACCACCAUAAAUGAGGGACUACUGUACUCAAAAGAUACUCAACGUUUACUCAAACAUGCCUGAUAAUUUCAAUACAUUUAAAGUAUGCUUCCUAUGUAUGGAUAAAAAAUUAUAUUAUUUGUUAUAUUACAAAAUACUAUGAAUAACCAGACACACAAAUUCAUAAAGGUUACUCCACAUUCAUUAUGCCUAAAAUAAUAUCUAUUUGAUGAGGUUACAUGGUGCAUAAAUAACUUUAUAAUCGCUGGAAUGAAAUAAUGCAUCUUGUGAUGACAUGUUGAUGACAAAAUUACCACAAAAUAAUAAAAAAAAAAUUCUCUCUUUUUAAGACUUACUGGACAAAAAAAUAACAAAAAAAUAUGUCAGAAUGUUAGGUAUUUUACCAAAUCCCAUCAAUUUAAUGGCACAGUGAAAAACGAUCAAAACCUAGACAUUUUCUAAAAAAAAACAUACCGGGUGGCCACGACUUGAAAUUGCCUGGGAAAAAGGGCGCUUGGGUCACCCCCCACAGGACCAGACUAGUGAUGGAAAUUUCGGCUCUUUUGCUCUUUGGCUCACUAAAGAGAGAUGGCUCUUUUGGCUCCCAAGUGGCUCCUCAGAUUUUUUCGUUGUCUUAAUUUAUUACCAAAUUAUGUGCAUUCUGUAAAAUAAAUUCCAUACAUAUCACAUAUGUAUUAUUUAAAUUGAUGUAUGGAAACGUCAAUUAUUAAAAAUAUAUUAUAAUAUAAUGUUAUAUUAUACAAUACAAAAACAAAGACCCAUCUCAAUAGACAAAUUAGGUCAAAAUAGGUCAAAUCUCUUCAUGCAAAUGUUUCACAAACGACUCGGCGCCACGCCGUGUUUAACCCCGCCCCUCCCCCUGCUCAGUGUGUACAGAUACGCUGCCACACAUCUUGACCAAUGGCAUUCGCCUUUAACACAAAAAAAGACUAAGACAAAAAAAAACUAAUCGGCUCCCAAUUGGCUCCCAACGACGUAAACCGGCUCCUGUUGAUCAUUUCAAAGAGCCGGCUCUUACAAACGAUUCCUUUGCGACCGACACAUCACUAGACCAGACAUGGCUGUGAAGAUGAUAAGACUAAACUACAUUACACGUCAUAAAGAAUAAAGUACGGCAACAAAUAGUGAGUACAAUUCCAUAAAUAUGAAAAUGAUAAAUAAACUCCACCUCACAAUCAGAAUGUAAACAGGUGAUGUUAACCCAUUUUGGGUCUGCAGGAGUUCUCUUACUCUUCAACCCCGACAAGCAAGCAUCCUUACCUUCUUUUAACUUCAGAGUCUGCUCACUUAAUUGUUGUUCAGUCAGAAGGAUCUGGUGAAAUAGUUUGUCCAAGCUCAUUGUGAAGAUGAGGGCUGAAGAGACGACACUAAAGCAUGCACUCCGCUAGCUAAACGUGAGCCUCUAACUUAUUAACAGCGAGUGACUAAUGACAACUCGAGCCACUAAAAGGAAUCGAGUUUCCCUUUCUGCCAAAUAAUGCUCCCCCGCCUUGUUCAAGGGAUCAUGAGGUAGUUACACCUGUCCGUCACAUCCAAUGAGGUCACAAAUACAAGAACUGUUAUCAUAGAGUGUGUCUUUACAAAGAUAGUAGUGAUAGAGAGUCACGUGGUCCAUUGUAAUGUACUGUGUAGACUUUAGUGAUGUGUUUUGUCAUAAACAACGAUACGUGCUGUACCUAAAGCCACCAACAGAUGGCGCCCGUGUCUAGUGUGCUCAUGUCCAGCAUUUAGCAGUACUGUAGUGAAGUAUUAAUCUUAUUGUCCUUAAACGUGCUGUAUUACAUAUUUACAGCAAACAGGGAGGUUUGCAUCUAUUUAGAAAGCUUGUUCGAAUAGAAGAAAUAUGAGAAGAAAUGUAAUUAUCAAAAUUUGAUUAAUUUCUUUAUGUAAACUUCGAAUAUUUUUUUGUAAAUGUGCUGGGGCUUGUGUGUUUUAAAUGCCAUGUCUGCUAGGAAACUUUAUGAAAGUGCUUGGACUUGGAUAGCCAUAGUUGGAGGGAAAAAAGCAGCAGUGAUUGGAGAUGGGUGUUAAUUAGCGUUGGUCUUGCGUGUAUGUUUGCGCUAAUGUGCUCCACUGCUCUUGAUCGCUCCUCCUGCUCAAUGCGCCACUUGGCCGUGCGCGCUCAGACGCGAGCAUCCCGCCGGACGACACUCGCUUUUCUUUGUUUUCCCUCUUGUUCUUUUCGGAGGAGAGCGUGUCUGCGUGGAGGCAUCGUUUCCUCCGCUCCUCCAUGGAAUUCCUGGCAGCGGAUUUCAAGUUCUCCUAAGUGCGCUUGGACUUCGCAGCUUUUCUUCCAACGAGGCUGUGCGUCGUGCGUCGGCAGAGGACCAUGAUGAUGCUCGCUGGACUUCUUCUUCUGCCUCUUUUAGAUGUGCUGUGCUCGGCCGAGGAGGGCGUGCGAGCUGGGGGCGGCCGGCUGGACUGCGUGCGGGCCAGCGAACAGUGCCUGAAGGAGCAGGCGUGCAGCACCAAGUACCGCACCAUGAGGCAGUGCGUGGCCGGCGGCAAGGAGAGCAACUUCAGCACCGUGGCCCGCCUGGAGGCGCAGGACGAGUGCCGGAGCGCCGUGGACGCGCUCAAGCAGAGCCCGCUCUACAACUGCCGUUGUAAGAGGGGCAUGAAGAAGGAGAAGAACUGCCUGCGCAUCUACUGGGGAAUCUACCAGACCUUACAAGGGAAUGACUUUCUGGAGGAUUCUCCCUACGAGCCUGUGAACAGUCGCCUGUCUGACAUAUUCCGCCUGGCUCCCAUCAUAGAGGGUGUGGAACCUUGGAGCGGCUCGGCCACUUUGCCUCCGGCGAGGGGGUUCAACCGGGCCAGGGCGCCCGCACUGGGCCGGGGGAGCCCCUCCUCCACAGAUCUUCAGGACCCCAGUAGAAACAGGAGGGCUCACCCCAAUUGGGCCAUACUGGGUGAGCCGGCCGUGGCCCGGGAGAACAAUUGUCUGAACGCGGCAAAGGCCUGCAACCUGAACGACACGUGCAAGAAGUACCGCUCGGCCUACAUCAGCCCGUGCACCAGCCGCGUGUCCACCGCCGAAGUCUGCAACAAGAGGAAGUGCCACAAAGCCCUGCGCCAGUUCUUCGACAAGGUCCCCCCCAAGCACAGCUACGGCAUGUUGUUCUGCUCGUGCCCACUCAGCGACCAGACGGCAUGCUCGGAGCGCCGGCGCCAGACCAUCGUGCCGGUCUGCUCCUACGAAGAGAAACAAAAACCCAACUGUCUGGAGCUGCAGGCCUCCUGCAGGACCAACUACAUCUGCAGGUCUCGUCUGGCGGACUUCUUCGCCAACUGCCAGACUGAACCGCGGUCAUUGUCGGGCUGCCUGAAGGAGAACUACGCAGACUGUCUGCUGGCAUACUCGGGUCUGAUCGGGACGGUGAUGACUCCAAACUACCUGCGCUCGCCCAAGAUCAGCGUGUCUCCAUACUGUGACUGCAGCAACAGCGGCAACAAUAAGGACGAAUGUGACAAAUUCACCACCUUCUUCACCGACAACACCUGCCUCCGCAACGCCAUCCAGGCCUUUGGGAACGGGACAGACGUGGGGGUGUGGCAGCCGAUGUCGCCCACCCAGGCCAGCGCUGCCGUCACAUCACCGCAGCAACGCAACCGCCAACGCAACAACAACAUGGACAACAACAUCAACACGGACCCGGGAAUAUACCACUUCUGUGGAAGUUUGCAGGCUCAGAAAUUAAAGUCCAACUCAUCGUCUGACAGCAUCUUCUGUGUGGACCCCCAGAUCGACGGUCCGAGCACAUCCAACGCCAUCGUGAGGAACUCUGCCACCUCCAGACGGGCCGUCACUCUGACCUCUCUGCUGCCCCCUGUGGCGUGGCUGCGCUACUGCAGCCGGUGGACUCACUGACGUGUUUGUGGAAGCAAGUUGUCGUGGUAUUCUUCCUCCUCCUCUACUUCCCCCGUGGAGCUCUUUUCUUGCUUUUUCUUUUAGCGUGAUUUACCGUUGAUGUCGGCUGUGCGUUCUUUUUGCGUAAGUCAAGAAAAAUAAGACGUGCGGCUCGGGGACCACGUAAAAUAAACCCCAAAACAUUUCAAUAAAAAGGUUUUUGUGUCGACGCUAAAGAUUGCCGUCGUUUGCGUACACGUUAAAGAAAGUUCAGCGACGAGGACGGGGGUGGAGGUCCAUGAUGAUUAGACACGCCCACAUUCAUCGCCAUUUGCAAAAAGCACACAAGACGCGCACCUUUUUGUGAGUGCCUGGUUUGGCCAGCAGAGGGCAGCGAUAAAAGAAGUGUACAUACUUGAAACCUUGUCUCGAGACACAAAAGCUGCUCCACUCCUUUGUUUACUUGUUGUUUUUUUUUAACUUUUGAUAGAACAUUUAUUUUCGGCCUCGUGUGCGCGUGUAAAUGAUUAUCCUCACUAGCUUCAGCCAUGAAACAACCAAUAUUUGCUAAUCGUAUGAAUGUUAGGGUGUUAGCCGUCCACUGAAUGUCGGCUAUCGCUCAGCUUUAGCUUCAUAUUAGCUUCUUUGUUGUCUUUGCUCACUUUCCUUUCUUCCAGUUCAGGCUGAUAGCCAACACUGAGUGGACUCCAGCAUCCUAAACAAGCUAGCUAGCCAUGCUAUCGUUCGCUGCUCAGUGCUCAACAGCCAUUGGCCUGCUGCCGUUGGGGGGGGGGGCUAACUUUGAGUUAGCCAACGUAAACACGAAGUUUGUACUUGAGACAAAAACAUUGACUAUUGUUUUGCAGCUGUUAUUUUGAUAUUUCAUAUUUCUCCUGUGUACAUGAUAUCGAGUCAUUCUUGCAUCCCAAACAAACAAAGGAUAUCAAUGUAACGCUCCUGUUGUGGUUCAAUAUAAGCAGAUUGUUGAUGCUGUUUAUGCUUAAAUAUGACCUUAUUUUUCUACAUUUUCACCCUUUCAUUUGCUGUUCUGAUGAGUCGAAAUGACCGAAGGCUUGUUUGUAAGAUGAAUAACGGCUAGGGGCGCCAAAUGAUUCCAAAUUUCAAUCAAAUUCAUCACAGUUUUCAGAUUAAUUAAUCAUCAUGUGUGAGAAUGUGGCCAUUUUUGCCGUAUUUUAUGAAGAUAAAGAUAAAUAAUAGGACAGAAUGAUAAUUUUUUGCAUGAUUUCACUUAAAAUCAAGCUAAAAGAUACCACACAUGCCGGAAAAUGUAUUUGCCCAGCGCUAGUCUCUUUAAUAGCAGCAGAAUCACGAUUUAAUGGCGUUAUUUGGGUCACGAAGGGUUGCGUUCAAAGACACCACGUAACGUUUUGUACUUAAAUGCGGCAAAUUGUACUUCCGCAGUAAGAGUUACGUCAUUGAGAGCCAAGAGUAGCAUUCUUACUGUUUUCUUUGUUUUUCUAUUUAUUUAAAACACAUGUACACGCAUAAUAAAGAUGUUGGUGUGAUUUUCGGAAUGUCUAUGAAUGCAUCACGCGUCGUCUGGUGACAAUGAGGAAAUGUCGUUUCCAGGACGAAUGUGAGUUGUAGAUACAUGUAUGGUGUUGGAACUGCAUUUAUAACUUUAAUAACUUUUAAAACUUUAUUCUGACCCGAACACAUCAACAUCAGUGCAAUUCCAGCUCCAAAUAUACAGUACAUAUAUACAUAUAUAUAUAUCACAACGACACUUCCUCAUUGUCGCGAGAUGCAUUCAGGGACACUCCGAAAUUCUUAUAAUAUCUUCAUUAUGCGUGUAUGUGUGGUCUAAAUCAACAGAAAGACAAAGAAAGCCAGUAAGUGGAUAUUCUGAUCCCUCACUAACGUAACUCGUACUGCGGAAAAACAAUUUGCCGCAUUUCAGUACGCUCGCAAAUCCCCCAAAAUAUGUCUACACCCAAAACGUUUGAAUUGGAGUGAAAUUACUUGGUGUCUUUGAACGCAACCCUUCACAGCUCAUAAUAAGGCGGUUAAAGUGUGAGUCUGCUAACUAUUAAAAGAGAUUAGAGUAAGGCAAAGACAUUUUUCAGGCAUUUCGUUUAAACUUUCACUUCAUUUGGAGUUGUUAAUACAUACAAAUAUGUCCUGUGUCCUGUCAUUUAUCUUUCUCUUCAUAAAAUGCAGCCAAAAUGGGCAUAUUUUACACACAGUGGCAAAUGGUGAUUAAUUAAUUUGAAAACUGUGAUUAAAUUAACAGAUUAUUUAAUCAUUGGACAGCCUUAAUUAAUACUAAUAAUAAUAACAGAUGUUUCAAUGCUAAUAUUGAUGAUAAGGAGAGCUGCAUGCUCGUAGAGAACAUCUUGGCAGACGUUCAGGAGGUGAAGAUGGCAUCCGUCGCUUUGGGAAAGCGAUGGCGAUUACGUUUGCUUCAUUUGUUUGUCAUCUUGGCUUGUGGAAAUGUCACAUUUAUUGUACAGACCAUUAAAAAUGUCAAAAAAUCUCACAAACCCACUUGACUCUGUGCUCAUGGAUCAUUUACUCCACCACUCCGCCACACGUGCGCCGCCAAGUGCAACGCAACCUCGGUUGGCAUCACGAGUCACCGUUCCAGACGGUCCCACGGUCUCACCGAAAGCCAAAAAUGUCAACACAAAACACCUUUUCAUAGUUUUACAGUGGCAAAGACACAAUGCGGCAGGGAGAACAACACGGACGCCUCCUUCCUGUUUUGCCAUCAGUUGUUUCUUUGUUUCUCACCUCAGGUCUCUGCUUUAGUUGUGAUCAUAGCUGCACAAAAAACCCAAAUCAGCCCAAAAUGUUGCUAAAAAGUGUGAGAAAC